AUGGCUGGCGCCAUGGAGCAGCCGCUCUACGACGAGUAUGCUGCUCAGCUGGCCAUGGACCAGGAGUACAAGCAGCGAAACGCCCACUACGAGACCGAGGUUCACUUUCAGAAGUGCUAUGGCGUCAUGGGCGAGCUCUUUGAAGCGCACAAUUAUCUCAGGGACUUGGUUCCGGAGAAGGGCUUCAAGUUCCUCGAUUUGGGUUGUGCUCCUGGAGGUUUCAGCUCCUACCUCCUGGAGGACCCAAGGUGUCGCAUGGGCUUUGGCGUUACUCUUCCGUCGACUGUGGGAGGGUUUCCAAUGCGUCUGCGGUCGCCCAACUUCCUGCUGCAACAAGGAGACCUGUUUGAGCUCGGGCCGGCGGACCUUGUCGCCAAGGAAGUUCACAUUUGCAUUUGUGAUGCGCAGUACAUGCGCAAUGAGGUUGCCUGGGAUGAGAGGUACACAGGGGUGCGUUGCCGAAGUAAGCAGCACGGCGUUUGGGCACUGCUAAUCAAGCAGUUCUGGCUUGGUCUGACAAGGCUCCUUGCCGGCGGCAUGCUGAUUUUCCGCUUCGGCUGGAGAGAUGGACCUCCCGAGGACCUGGCCACGGUUUGGUACAAAAAGUGCACCUUGAGACUGUUCGCUUUACUUCACGACCUGUUUAAACAGGUCAAAGAUGUGAAGUCUGACUACUUCAACGCGCUCCAGAGUUCCUUCUAUGUCUGCUGCUCGGGUUUCGACAGGAGACGCUUCGAAGAACGCGAGGUUGCAAAGUUACUCGGCAACAACUUCAACUACCUCGUCACGACGAGGAUCGGCGAUGCCAACCAGCUGGAGAUACUGCAGCAGGUCGACAGCAUACGCACGAAGGAGGUGGACGACAGCAUCACCAGCAUGCUGGACCGGAUAGAAAAGCUCCGGAUCAUCAACGAACAAAGUCGUCGAUGGCACCAGCGGCUCGAAGAUAGGGCGGACGACCCCAGGGCCGUGGUCAUGGUUUCACCCGUGUCGGAGGCAAUGAAGGAAGAGGACCUGGCCGCCAUUUUUUCAGUGUACGGACGAGUCAAGCGCGUUGACAUCGAAAGGGCAGAACAGAAGGCAAUGGUCCAGUUUGCGCUUGAAGAACAUGCAACAGCUGCAGCGGCUACCUUGCCAGGGACGCAAGCGUUUGCGCCGGGAAUGAGGAUAUGGCAGGGAGAGGACGUGCAUGGCUGGUCCUACACAGAUGCGGCCGCUGCCUGGGGCCACGUUCAGGUCCCUUGGGAGUGGCAUGCAGCCCAUGCAGAGGUGGGGAUGACCUCGGCCCCGGACAGCUUCCACGGUUCAGGAUACUCGCCUCACUCGCAGCAUGGCAGCUUCGAUGGUGAUGCGUGGGUUGCGUCUCCAUACGGGCCGCCGCCAGGCUACCACCACUACCCAGGCCCGACCUGCGACGGCAACCUACGCUACCCGCCGAGGUAUGGGCCUCCUCCAGAGGCAGCGCCGCCUGGCAAGGGUCUGGCAAGGGAGUGCGCAUGGCAGCAUGCUGCCUUCCAGUGCGUGUACAAGACAUUGGUCAUACACCUGCCAGCUUGCUGGCUCUUCAAUACCCCGGGUCUCGACAACGAGAAAGGCUAUCACGAUGUAUGCACUUGGUAUUACGAUUAUUGCACACCCAGGUCGCUGCCAGGUGCCAAUCCUUGCAACGUGUCGCAGGAUUUGUCGGAGAUAUGCCCUCUAUUGACUGGGCUUGAGGAGGACGGUCAGCAGGGCAGGGGUGAUUUCUGCGAAGCUGAAACCAGGGGAACUAUGCCGAGGCCAGCAGCAUAUGCGGCCUUCAAGGAACAGGCCGUCCGGAUGAGCUCCGCAGGGGCGGAGGUGUUGGAACAGACUAUCCUUGCAUUCGUGCCAGAUUGGCCUCGGGCAUGUGAUUUACCCGGGCGCUAUGCCACACUUCCGAAUCUCCCUGAGAUGACGACCAUCGAUGAUGAGAAUCUCUGUGCUGUCCUGAACAGCAUGAAGCAGCUCGACCUUCGGGUGGGCAGGGACUUUGGGGCACGGGGCCGCAGUUUUGUUCAGCUUAGGACCCUCGACAUGCCGACAUUUGUGGGAAGCAUCCCUCAAGCGGACGUGUCCGAAGUUCAUGGAGAGCCUGGAGAGCAGGAUGGCUUCAGUGGCCUCCUACGAUGUCUUUACAACCAUCCCAGCUACCCGAUGAUGCAGGAGCACCGGAAGGCGGCGCCGCUUCAGCUCCGCAUGUCCGGGAACUACAUCCGGGAUGCGCAGCGUUUGUUGGACGACAUUUUGGCGAACGGCUGCAAGGAUGGCAAAGCGCUGAUCCGGCUCUGCCCCAGCGCGGACCCGUACGUCCAGGAGCAUGAGGAGUUUCUGUCUGUCUUCCUGCCCGACUUUCUGCAACAGAGGGGUACGGAUGGACAGCUGCCAAGCCACGGCGGCCGCAACGGACAGGAUGCCACAGCGACGCCCAUCACGCUGCGAAGCCGCGGACGGAGCCGCUCCCGAAAACGCCGGAGAAGAAAGGCAGAGGCAGAGGCCGCUGCUGCCGGAGCGCCAGCCGCGCCUCCACCCGAGGUUCCGGCGCAGGCCCCAGCGCCGGCGGCAGACGGCCACAGGUCGCGACGCCGGAAGGAGAAACACAAGGAACAGCCGAAUACCGCUGCUGCUCCCCCAGUGAAGGAGGCGCCGCCGCCUGCCACGGCACAAGCACCCGUCAUUUCUGAGGAGGAGCAAAAGAAGCUGCAAGCAGAGGUGGGCAAGAAGCUGGCAAAGUUGGAGGGUCUGCCCAGUGACCAGUCCACCUGUGACAUGCUGUCCGAGUUUACGGUCUGCAUGCUGGUUGCGCGAAAGCCGCCGGCGGAGGUGGAGACGGAACUGGCAUCCUUCCUCGGCCAGGAGUACGCACAAGCAGUUGCGGCGUGGUUCGUCAAGCACGUUCGACACUAUUAUAAGCCUGCGGCGAAGUUGGCCGGCUGGAAGUGA